AUGGGAGGAGGCACCUUCGAUGUCUCCCUGCUGACCAUCGAGGAUGGUAUCUUCGAGGUGAAGGCCACGGCGGGCGACACCCACCUGGGUGGUGAGGACUUCGACAACCGCGUGGUGGACUUCUGCAUCCAGGACUUCAAGCAGCCUGCCCAUUGA